GCAGGGAGGCGCGCGGGAGGUUCCCGGGAGGCGCCCGCAGAGGCGAGUCUGCGGCUGCAGAGGAGGAGGCUCCCGGCUUCGUCUUCGGGCGCCAUGGGGAAGGUGAACGUGGCCAAGUUACGUUACCUGAGCCGGGAUGACUUCAGGGUCCUGACCGCGGUUGAAAUGGGCAUGAAGAACCAUGAAAUAGUUCCCUGCAGUUUAGUUGCUUCUAUAGCCAGCCUUAAACAUGGUGGCUGUAAUAAAGUUUUAAGAGAAUUAGUGAAACAUAAACUCAUAGCUUGGGAGCGUACCAAAACUGUCCAGGGCUACCGGUUGACAAAUGCAGGCUAUGAUUACCUAGCUUUGAAAACACUUUCUUCUAGACAGGUAGUUGAGUCCGUUGGAAACCAGAUGGGUGUUGGGAAAGAAUCAGAUAUUUACAUUGUUGCAAAUGAAGAAGGACAGCAGUUUGCGUUAAAGCUUCACAGACUGGGAAGAACCUCCUUUCGAAAUCUGAAAAACAAGCGUGAUUAUCAUAAACACAGGCAUAACAUGUCCUGGCUUUAUUUAUCUCGUCUCUCUGCCAUGAAAGAAUUUGCCUAUAUGAAGGCAUUGUAUGACCGGAAAUUCCCGGUCCCAAAACCAAUUGAUUAUAACCGCCAUGCAGUGGUCAUGGAACUCGUAAAUGGCUAUCCUCUAUGUCAGAUACACCAUGUGGAAGAUCCUGCGUCAGUAUAUGAUGAAGCUAUGGAACUAAUUGUCAAACUUGCAAAUCAUGGACUGAUUCACGGAGAUUUUAAUGAAUUCAAUCUCAUUUUAGAUAAAGAUGACCACAUCACCAUGAUUGAUUUUCCACAGAUGGUUUCAACGUCUCAUCACAAUGCUGAAUGGUAUUUUGACAGAGAUGUUAAAUGUAUUAGAGAUUUCUUCGUGAAGCGUUUCAGCUAUGAAAGUGAGCUUUAUCCAACUUUUAGUGAUAUCAGGAGGGAGCACUCCCUUGAUGUAGAGGUUUCCGCCAGUGGCUACACAAAGGAAAUGCAGGCAGAUGAUGAACUACUUCAUCCAGUAGGUCCAACUGAUAGAAAUAUUGAAACAGAAUAUGAGUCUGAAUUCUCACAUUCUGAUGAAGAGAUGUCAGAAAAAGCAAAUGUUUGUAGUUUAGAAAAUCAGAGUGAUCAAAACUCUACAGAUGAGUCAGCUGACUGUUGUGUAUCAUCUGGAGACCUUGAACAAAUAAAGGAAGAUGAUUUGUCAGAGGAGAGUGCUGAUGCACACAAUUUUGAAUUACCUGAACUCAGUCAGGCUUUAGAAGAAACAGAAGAGCAGGUCAUUGACAACAGUUCUAUAACUGAGUAUUCUGAGGAAAAAAACAAAACUAAAAAUGACACCAGGCAAGAUGGUAAAGCAAGUCAAGGAGGAAUGCCCAUGGGCAAUGAAGAGUAUGAAGAUGCAUGCCCUCAUCUGAUUGCCUUGUCCUUAAACAAAGAAAUCAUGCCUUUCAGAAAUGAAGAAAAUACAGAAGAUAUUAAACAGUACAGAACAAGAACUCUGAGUGUUACAUCUGUGGGCAGUGUUUUAAGCUGUUCAACAAUUCCUCCGGAAUUGGUGAAACAGAAGGUGAAACGUCAGUUGACAAAACAGCAAAAAUCAGCUGUAAGACGUCGAUUGCAAAAAGGAGAAGCAAAUAUAUUUACAAAACAACGGAGAGAAAACAUGCAAAAUAUUAAGUCAAGCUUGGAAGCAGCCAGCUUCUGGGGAGAGUAAUAUAUUUAAGAUCCUGAAUAUUUUUCAAAAUGUUACUAUGAUCCCCCUUUAAGACACCCCCUCACUUAUCUUUUCUAGACCAAGGCAGAUACAUAAAUGGAUAAAUAAACUCUUUCAUCUAUUAA